GGAGUAGCCACUGUGUGGUCAGGCCUACGGUCUGGAAUGACCUUUAGGUCCCCUACAGCGCAAGGGAGAAUGGUGCAAGCUGCACAAACCAGGGGCCAAAGCAAGGCAAGUGCAAGCCAAGAACACCCUCAGAGAGAACCAGAGUCGGAACGAAGGAAAGAGGCCGUGGAAGCAGAGAAGGACAACGAUGAAGAUGAGCAAGACGAUAGCAUGCACCAAGAGGAGGAUCGAAAGGCGGAAAAGAGAGUCAAGAAGAGGGGAGCUCAGGAGGAAGUUGAACCAGUUUUGCGCGAUGUGGCGCAAAAGAAAAAAAAGUAUGCGGUCCGGUUGGAGGAAGGGUUCGACAUGGAGAAAGUGAUUGACAGGUUGCUUGAGGGUCAUAAUGACCCCAUGACCCUGAAGGAGAUCCUGACGUCUGCUCCUAAGCUCCGUGAUGGGUUAAAGGGAAGGUUUUCUGCAACGCGUUUUACUGAAGGAGGAUUGAGAGGAUCCCCUCAGCACACUCGACAGGAGGUGCCACCGUCCGGAGGGUCACUGCUGGAGUUGAAGGUGCACUUGGAUAUUUCACAGUGGGGAGUGCCUCAGGAUGACGAGAGACGCGAUGAGCCAGUUGGGGAUGUGCCGAGGGAGGAGGUCCACGAGCCAGAGCGAGUUGCGGAGCAGGGCGCUCAGAGAGGACGAGCUGCAGAGGAGGUGAUAGAGGUUGGAGAAGAUACUCCGCCUCAGACGCCAGCUCAUACUCCGCCUCAGACGCCAGCUCCAGAGUCCAGGCCGGAGAUAGUGACGGAGGUUGCUCAAGAGGCAGGGGAGGAGCUUCAGCAGGGAGAGGUUUCACUACCUACCCCUGAUACGACUUUUUCGCCAGGGGUGAGGGUAGAGAUGGAGCGAGAGGGGACUGGGUGGAGGAGAGAGGCCCUUUCUACGGUCGAUAGACAUCUCGCGGCACAUGCCCAGGAGCACCCUGACAUCGGGGAGUCUGUGCUUAUGGAGCCACCACAGGAGCCACACCAGGCAGAGAGAGAGGCAAGGGCUGAGAUUCUGGAGAGAGGGGUCCAUCGCACAAGAGGGAGAGCACCAGCAAGAGAGACAGCAGAGGAGAGACGAGUCAGGGUCGGGAAGCGUGUGGAGGAGAUUUGGGAGGAGAGACAGAGAUUAGAGGUGGCAUGAGCGCUUCCAGAUCAGCCACCUGACGUGCCACCUAAGCCCUAUGGGGUCACGGAGAUGUGGGAUGAG